UUUAAGCAUCGAGCUACCGAUCAGACAGAUCCUCGUGUCGAAUUUAAGCGCUGGUGCUGUGCAGAACAGCUCUCUCUCUUUCUGCAGUACAUAAUGACUUAAUAACUUUUGUAAUGUUUUGCAAAAUGCAAGAAAAUAACAGGCAAUGCGAAUAACAGCGGGCCAGGUAAAGCUCUGAAAGCAGCAGCAUUAGUCACUUGCACAACCCGAUAAAAUGCAGGAACGCACAGGAAUCCAGAUCGCAGCUGUGGCAAUAAGGAACGGUGUUUCAGGUCGAUGACACUUCACAUGAGUAGAACUGCAGAAUCGGACAUCCAUCCUCCAUUGUACAAGGCUAAAACUGAACCCCGGCCAAGCUGACAACUUCAACGUCCUGUCUGGCACAUUCCAAUAAACAAAGGCUUUGUUGGAUUGAAAAAUCAGGGAGCCACAUGUUAUCUGAACACCUUGCUUCAAACGUGGUUCAUGACCCAAGAAGUUAAAGAAUGCAUUACCAGAUGCCAAUCAGAAGAUUCUUUAAUACAGGAGCUGAAAUGCUUGUUUGAACAAUUAGCAAAUAGGAAGGAAGAGUCCUUGAGCACAAAGACGUUGACCUCCCAUUUGAACUUGAAUGUUCACAAGCAGAGUGAUAUAGUGGAAUGUUUUCGCAGUCUGCUGAACAAACUGAGUAGCAAAAUGGACCAGGAGCAUAAUAUUCUGAAGAUUUAUCAGGUCAUAAUGGUUAACUUGAUGAAGUGUUCAAAAUGCAAACAAUCCACGGAUGAAAACAGUUUUUUCCUGGAAAUACCUCUUUCUGUUUGUUCAGCUGAUGCUUCAGUACAGUUUGACUUAAUGGAAAAAUCUCUUGAAGAGUUUUUGAAGGAGGAAACAAUGAAAGGUGACAACAAAUAUUAUUGUGACAAAUGUGGGGCAAAGACUGAAGCAAAAUCAAGAUACUAUUUUAAGCACUUGCCACAAAUUCUUACAUUUCAACUUAAACGAUUUGAAUUGGACUACAACUUUAUGCAAUACCGGAAAAUUACAGAUUCCAUUACUUUUCCACUUGAUUUGGAAUUUAAAAGAUCCCAGGAAUCCAAAGGCACAGCGAUGACACAUAGAAAUCGACGAUCUCAUUCAUUAGGAUCAGAGUUUACUGUAGGAUCUCGAAGCCAUAAAUUGGAUGAAAUGCAGAAACCACAGAAGGAUGGGAGUCGUCAGGAAUCCAAAGGCACAGCAAUGGCACAUAGAAAUCGACGAUCUCAUUCAUUAGGAUCAGAGUUUACUGUAAGAUCUCAAAGCCAUGAAUUGGAUGAAAUGCAGAGACCACAGAAGGAUGGGAGUUAUCAGGUUGUUUGCAAUGAAUGGUGUCCAAAAUUAACAGCAAGCAAGGAGAAUAAUGCCCCGAGUAACUACUGUUUGAAGACUCUGAAAAGAAGACAAAGUUCACUUUUAACCCCGGGAGUGCAGAAAGGAAAUUCUGUGGAGUAUGAAGAAAGAAAGACUGAGGCAGCUAAAGAUCAGUCAGAGGAAAUUUCUACAGAGGAGGAGGAGAAGAAGUAUGAAUUGUUUGUAAUAUGGCAUCACAUAGGAACCUAUGGAAGUGGCCACUAUUAUGCUGAAAUCAAAUCAGAUACUGGUGAUUGGUACAAUUUUAAUGAUGAAAACGUUCGAAAGAUGGGAAAGAAUAUCUCUGUGAGUUCCUCAACUGCUUACGUAUUUAUGUACAGACUGAGAGAUACAAACAACAAAGCAGCCAAGGUCAGAAGCCACAACUCCUAACCAGUGUUAAAUUCUGAACAUACCAGAAACCCAGGAAACAGCAAUGGCCACAUGAUGCUUACAUUCUUGGUGUUCAAAGCAGCCAUGAGCCACAAAGGCACAGCUGUGAAGUUAAUGAUUUAUAUUCCAAAUUCCCUGUGAUACCAUCUUAAGACAUGGUAUAGGAAUAACGUGUGGUUGCCUUGUUGCUGCUGGCAAUUGUUUUUAGAUUUAAGAUAUUCUACCUAUUUGUACAAGUAUUGAUGUACCAUUAGCAUUUUAACUGGUGUAUAAAAUGUUAGGUAUUAUGGGAGGACCUCCACGGAAGAGAGUAUCUGGCCUUGCAGGUCAACAAUUAUUUUCAAAAGAAAUUUGUCAUAUGAAAUGCUCAUCUUUUGUAAGGAGGAAAGAACUCAUGAAGUUCUAUUUCCAGUCCCUAAUCAUGGGUCACUUUUCUAUAUGAUGUUUUCAUGAUACUCUUUAUGUGCUUUUACUCAAAUGUACUUUAAGAUAAAAAAUUUGUGCCUAGAAAUUGGAUCAUACAGCAUCACAUCUUUGUGUGCCAUACAUUUUCAAAUCUAUUAAAAGA